UCAGCCAAGGCUGUGAGGAGAGAAAGGAGGGGGGUGUCUGACAGCAAGCCUUUAUAUCAGGCAGCAGACUGGUUUUACAGGCUGGUUCUACAGGCUGCAGCGGAGCAGCAAACACAUCCACUUCUACAACUGCAAAGAAAACAAGGCCGGUAUAUCUUGAACAGUCAUGUCGGCCAAAGCCAUUUCCGAGCAGACGGGGAAGGAGUUCCUCUACAAGUACAUCUGUACAUCAGCUCCAGUCCAGAAUAGGUUCCGCUACGCCAACGUGACAGCUGAAACUGACUUUCAGCGGCUGACGCAGGAGCAUCCAUGGCUGCUCACAGAGAGACUGGUGGUGAAGCCGGACCAGCUGAUUAAGAGGAGGGGGAAGCUGGGUCUGGUUGGCGUCAAUCUGGACCUGAAUGGGGUCAAAGAGUGGCUGAAGCCCCGCCUCAUGAAGGAAACAAUGGUGGGAAAAGCUAAAGGCAUACUUAAAAACUUCCUUAUUGAGCCAUUCGUCCCUCAUCAGCAGGAGGAGGAGUUCUACAUGUGCAUCUAUGCUUCUCGGGAGGGGGACUACGUGCUGUUUCACCAUGAGGGAGGGGUGGAUGUGGGAGAUGUGGACGCCAAGGCGCAGAAGCUUCUAAUUGGGGUUGAUGAAAAGAUCAGUGAAGACCAAGUAAAGAAAGAGCUGCUGACUAAGGCUCCCAAUGACAAGAAAGCGGUUCUUGCUAGUUUUAUUGUUGGACUCUUCCACCUUUAUGAGGACCUCUUCUUCACAUACCUGGAGAUCAACCCUCUUGUGGUGACUAAAGAUGGAGUGUAUGUGCUGGACAUGGCAGCGAAGAUUGAUGCAACUGCUGAUUACAUUUGCAAAUCCAAGUGGGGUGACGUGGAGUUCCCUCCCCCCUUCGGCAGGGAGGCUUACCCUGAGGAAGCGUACAUUGCUGAUCUGGAUGCAAAAAGCGGUGCUAGUCUCAAACUGACUCUGCUGAAUCCUCGUGGAAGAAUCUGGACCAUGGUGGCAGGAGGAGGUGCCUCAGUUGUGUACAGUGAUACAAUCUGUGACCUGGGGGGAGUGGACGAGCUGGCCAAUUACGGCGAGUAUUCAGGAGCACCCAGUGAACAGCAGACGUACGACUAUGCAAAGACCAUCCUGUCUCUGAUGACAAGAGAGAAGCACCCUAAUGGAAAGGUUUUGAUCAUUGGUGGAAGCAUUGCAAACUUCACAAACGUAGCAGCAACAUUUAAGGGAAUUGUUCGAGCUAUUAGAGACUAUCAGGCGCCACUGAAGGAGCAUGAGGUCACUAUUUUUGUUCGUCGUGGAGGCCCCAACUACCAGGAGGGUCUCAGGGUGAUGGGAGAAGUUGGGAAAACCACAGGGAUCCCAAUUCAUGUUUUUGGCACAGAAACCCACAUGACUGCUAUCGUUGGCAUGGCAUUGGGUCACCGCCCAAUUCCCAACCAGCCUCCUGUUGCUGCACACACAGCCAACUUCCUCCUCAAUUCCAGCAGCAGCACAUCGACUCCAUCCUCCAGGAGAAAGGUCCAUUCUGAAAACAAAGCUAAAGUUGAGGGCUCCCCUGCCAAGAAGGUGAAAACUGGAGCUCCUGUCGCCAAGGCCACUACUCUUUUCACCAAACACACAAAGGCUUUGGUGUGGGGUAUGCAGACUCGAGCGGUUCAGGGCAUGCUGGACUUUGACUAUGUCUGCUCCAGAGAUGAGCCAUCCGUCUCCGCUCUGAUCUACCCGUUCACUGGCGACCACAAACAGAAAUUCUAUUGGGGCCAUAAAGAGAUCCUCAUCCCGGUGUAUAAAAACAUGAGUGAUGCUAUGAAGAAGCACCCUGAUGUGGAUGUUCUCAUUAGCUUUGCUUCUUUGCGCUCAGCCUUUGAAAGCACCAUGGAGACCACGCAGUACCCUCAGAUUCGAACUAUUGCAAUUAUUGCCGAGGGAAUCCCGGAAGCACACACAAGGAAGAUCAUUAAAGCUGCAGAUGAGAAGGGGGUCACUGUCAUCGGCCCAGCUACAGUCGGAGGGAUAAAGCCGGGCUGCUUCAAGAUCGGCAACACUGGAGGCAUGCUGGACAAUAUCCUUGCCUCUAAGCUGUAUCGUCCAGGCAGCGUGGCCUAUGUGUCCCGCUCAGGCGGCAUGUCCAAUGAACUCAACAACAUCAUCUCCCGCACUACUGAUGGGGUUUAUGAGGGCGUGGCCAUUGGUGGGGACAGAUAUCCAGGCUCUGUGUUUACUGACCAUGUGCUGCGUUACCAAGACACCCCAGGAGUUAAGAUGAUCGUUGUACUCGGAGAGAUUGGUGGGACAGAGGAGUAUAAGAUCUGCCAGGCUAUUAAACAGGGCAGAAUUACCAAGCCAGUUGUGUGCUGGUGCAUUGGUACCUGUGCUACCAUGUUCACCUCAGAGGUACAGUUUGGCCAUGCAGGAGCUUGUGCCAACCAAGCCUCUGAAACAGCUGUGGCCAAGAACAAGGCUCUGAAAGAGGCUGGCGCCUACGUUCCUAAAAGCUUUGAUGAGCUGGGAGAGAUCAUCCAGUCUGUGUAUGAUGACCUUGUUUCCAAAGGAGUAAUCCAGCCAGCUGAAGAGGUGCCUCCUCCUACUGUACCAAUGGAUUAUUCCUGGGCUCGAGAGCUGGGUCUGAUCCGCAAACCAGCUUCCUUUAUGACUAGUAUUUGUGAUGAAAGAGGCCAGGAGCUUCUCUAUGCUGGCAUGCCCAUCACUGAGGUCUUUAGGUCAGAAAUUGGCCUGGGAGGAACUCUGGGGCUGCUUUGGUUUCAGCGGAGGUCAGACAUAUCCACCUAU